CUUUUCUAAUUUGAGGGGUUUCGUGUUGAAGAAAAUCAGUGUGUUAGAAGCUGCAGGAGACCUAAACGCAGUUACCACGAAGCUAAGCUCUGUCCUCAUGGCUGGAGUCUUCUACUUUUCUCCUGCUUUGCUCUGGGCAGCCCAGAUGCUACUGGCUGCCAGUUUUGAGGCACUCCAGUGCAAAGGACCAGCCAGCACCCAGGACAGCAUGUGCCACCCUGAGGAUGACUUGACGGAGCCAAGGGAAGUCAGCUUCCAGGUCAAGGGCUACACUUUCAGUGAACCCAUCCACCUGAUUGUGUCCUACGACUGGCUGAUCCUCCAAAGCCCAGCCAAGCCUAUAUUCGAAGGAGACCCUCUGGUUCUGCGCUGCCUGGCCUGGCAAGACUGGCCACUGACCCAGAUCACCUUCUACCGAGAUGGCGCAGCCCUUGGCCCCCCCGGACCUAGCAAGGAAAUCUCCAUCACUGUGGCGCAAAAGGCGGACAGCGGGCACUACCACUGCAGCGCUGUCCUCAGGAGCCCUGGGCCCGGGAGCCCGGAGACGGCGUCUCCUGUGGCUCUCACGGUUCACGAACUGUUUCGAGCCCCAGUUCUCAGAGUCACACCCUCAGCUGAGCCCCAAGAGGGGAAGCCAGUGACCCUGAGCUGUCAGACAAAGCUGCCCCUGCAGAGGUCAUCUGCCCGCCUCCUCUUCUCCUUCUACAAGGACGGCAGGGCAAUGCGUAGCAGGGGCCCUUCUCCAGAAUUCCAGAUCCCCACCGUGUCAGAGGCACACUCUGGGUCCUACUGGUGUGAAGCAGCCACUGAGGACAAUCAAGUUUGGAAACAGAGCCCCAAGCUGAAGAUCAGGGUGCAGGGUAAUAAGAAGCCAAGUUUAUUACCUACAGUGUGAAGUAGUUCUUUAUCGAUCUCCAAGUAAUCUCAACUUGCUAAAGACUGCCCCUGGUAUACUGUUAGAAUUGCUGGAUUUGGUAAACCUUUUUUUGUUGAGCUUAAAGACAUGACUAUAGAUGUUUCACACAUUUUCUCAGCCAGACAAGACAGCUAAUUUUUGUCAGUACUGAAGUACCUUCAUUUAAUGUGGUAUUUAUAUGUACAGUACUGUGCAAACUGUUUUAAGAAAAAAAAAAUUUAACAUGAACUCUGCUUUAAAAAGAGAGUUCAGUGGAAGUUUAUGAAGAAAAUCUGUCUUCAUACAGAUUUGUAGUUGCAUUUUAAGAGACUUUUUGUAUAAUUGUGGAUAUUCUUCUUUGAUGCUACAUAAGAACUCAACAAGGAUAGUUUCUAAACAUUGAGUUGCAUUAUGGAAUUGAAGCCAUGUCAACAUGCAUUUCUUCCUGGUUUUGGCUGUGGUGGGUCUGUGUUGCUGCAUUAGGACUUUCUCCAGUUGCGGCAAGUAGGGGCUACUCUCUGGUUGCACUGCAGUGACUUCUCUUUGUUGCAGAGCUCCAGCUCUAGGACGUGCAGGCUUCAGGAGUUGUGGUGCAUGCGCUUAGUUGCCUUGUGGCAUGUGGGAUUUUCCUGGACCAGGGAUCGAACCCUUGUCCCCUGCCUUGGCAGAUGAAUUCUUAACCACUGACCACUAGGGAAGCCCUCAACAAGCAUUUCUUACUCUGCUGCAAUAAAAUUCAUUGGUUCUUUUUGUACUUUAAAUAGAUCUUUCAUUCAUGUGUUGGCAGUUGAAAAUAUUUGUUCACAAAGUUAUAGAGAUCUUUUAAAUGUUGAUAGCAUCUCAUUAUAUACAAUAUUUUAAAAAUCAGAUUCAGUAUUAACAGAAAAGUCUUUAAUUACUGGGAAACUGUCAAGCUCAUGAUAACAAAUGCAAGUUUUUCUAAAGCUCUAAUUUUCAUUUGAAAUCUGGAAUUUCACCAUUGGCAAUAAUUACUGUCAGAUGUUUUCCUUGAAGUGACAGUCUCACUUGGUUCACUUUUAAGAAAAUGUCUGAGAAAUACCCAAGUCUGAAUGACUACAGUUUUUCAGUCAUUUUUUAAUUAAAAAUGAGCUGGUUCAACUCAGAACUCAGUUGUGUAAGAGCUUUCCCUGAAGACAGUCAUUGUAUUUCAGUAUGGAACAGAAGUGCAUACUUCCUAUUUCAGCACACAAAAUAUUUUAAGAGAUGUGUACUUUGAGCUCAAAAUGUAACAAAGUUAUUUUUUAAAUGAUUUCAUCAAGGUUUUGUUCUGUUUUCUUACUGUGAGCGCACAACAUGACCGUGAAAAAUACAGUUUGGUGCCGCUGCCUUCAACUAUGCUUCAGAUCUAACAGUUUUAUCCCCACUGCUUUGUGCCGUCUACGCAAGCGUCAACCUAAUGAAACAGGCAAGGGACUCUUAGCAGGGUGUGAGGCUAGUGGUAAAGAACCCACCUGACAAUGCAGGAGAUGUA